CACCGCUGUGGUGGCGUUUGAGGGUUUUGUAGAUUUUGAUUGCAGAGAGAAAUGGGGAGGAGGAUAUUAAACGAUGCGUUGAGGUCAAUGGUGAAUGCAGAGAAGCGGAGAAAAUCUACGGUUCAAUUGCAGCCGAUUUCUACUGUUAUUUCUUCUUUUCUUAAGAUCAUGAAAGAUCGAGGGUAUAUCAAGAAUUUUGAGGUUUUUGAUCCGCAUAGAGUUGGGAGGAUAACAGUGGAACUACAAGGCAGAAUAACUGAUUGUAAGGCUAUCACUUAUAGACAAGAUAUCAAAGCAAAUGAAAUAGAAGAAUACCGACUGCGAACACUCCCCACUCGUCAGUUUGGUUAUGUUGUGAUCACUACUCCUGAUGGUGUACUGGAUCACGAACAGGCAAUUGAGCGGAAUGUGGGAGGGCAGGUUCUUGGUUAUUUUCAUUAGAUUUCUGUUCUGUAGUUCAAAACUCGUACUGCUGUUUUUUUAGCCGAAAAUAUUGUAUGAUACCAUGAUGAACUUUAGAAAUAACUUUUGAUUCCGGUUUCUCUCUCUAGUAAUUGAAUAACUGAUUGUUCCUCUGAAA